AUGUUUUCUAAUUCAACGACGACGAUGAGGAUGUUUGCCUUCGCGAGAGACGGCAACGAAAUGGCAGUGCCAACGUGUAACCUCAGUCCUCUCCAGCCUUUUCAGUUACCAUCAGCUCGCAACGCUGGACAUGGCGGGCAGGUACCACCCGCUCGAUUCAAAGGCGCUCGCUCAGUGGCAUCGUCGGCGCUCCUCCUCCCCCCAGCUCUUCCCCUCAACCACCAUCCGGUUCCGGCGGCAGGUCCGCCAACAACACGCACCGCCAACUUCUCGCGCCCUCUCAUCACCCACCAGCGCCAGCAGCAGCAACAACGCCCUUCCAGACCACCACCACCACUAUCCCUCACGGCGCAUCUCUCCACCGUCUCUGACAUUGGCGAGGAUGAGGAGGAGGAGGAGGAAGCAGAGGGAGCAGAGGACGACGACGACCACCUGAUCCUGGACGAGGACCUCUUCGACGGCGUGGUGCUGGGCGUGGACGCGGGCAUCGUGGAUAUCUUCUGCUACAGGGGCGUUGCGCAGCGGAGGCUGGUGCCGAGGCUGGGGGCGCCGGUCGUGGCUGUUGUGAGGGGGGGUGAUGGGCAGGGAGUUGAGGUGGUGGAGGCUUAG